AAGGCCUGGGUAAUGGGCAGGCAGGGCCCUAGGGGACGUGUAUUGCCGCGGGCAGAGGGGUAACGGGGCAGGGGGCUACGGAUCGGUACGGCGAGCACGGCCGUGGCACUGGGAAUAGGGCAGGCGAGGCCGGGCAAUGAGGGGGCGAGGGGGUGCGGCUGGGAUAAUGUGUCCGUGUCCCUCGUUCCUCAGUCCCAUAGGCCCUGCCCGGACUGCCUGUGCCUGCCCACACCGCGGGAGGGGGGGGGGGUCGUUGCUGUGGGAUCUGUGGGCCCUUUUUGACAGGGGGCAUGGGGGCUGCAUGGCACUCAUGCCCCCCUGCACACGCCGGCAGGGAUGCCUCCCGGCAAAGGGCAGAUGACCUCGCUGCUGCCUGCCCCGAAGGUCUCAGCGCCCACCCCUGGCCCCGCCGCGGGGGGCUGUGCUCGGCCCCCCGAGGGACCCAGCUCGCCGCAGGGUCGCAGCAAGAAGAAGAGCCGUAAGCACCAGCGGUUCAUGGAGCGCCGGGCGCUGCUGGAGCAGAAGGGGCUGCUGAGCCCCCGCAGGCGCCAGAGCAGCCAGGCCCCUGCACGCAGCGCGCUCCCCAAGGCAGACGGCACCAGGGCACCGCGCUGCGGGAAGGUCCCCAAGCCCAAACAGGUCAUCUCCACAUCCCUGUCCCCAUCCGCCUCUCCGGACAGCAUAGCCAGGCACCACUCCAUGCUCCUGUCCCAGGGGAAUGGCAGCUGCAAGGGGGUGCGAAUGUCCUCCCCGCUCCUGCGCCCGGGCAAGUACGUGGCCAUCGACUGUGAGAUGGUGGGCACUGGUCCUCAGGGCAGGCUGAGCGAGCUGGCACGGUGCUCUGUGGUGAACUAUGAGGGCGACGUCAUCUAUGACAAGUAUGUCCGGCCCGAGCUCCCCAUUGUGGACUACCGGACACGCUGGAGUGGCAUCACCAAGCAGCACAUGAAGAGUGCGAUUCCCUUCAAGACUGCCCAGGCAGAGAUCCUGAAAAUCUUGAAAGACAAGAUUGUGGUAGGACACGCCAUCCACAAUGACUUCCAAGCCCUGAAGUACUUCCACCCGAAAGACAGGACCCGAGACACCAGCCAGAGCCCUGUGCUGAACCAGAGGGCAGGGCUGCCCGGCAGGGCCAGCAUCUCACUGAAGAGCCUGGCCAGGCAACUGCUACAGAAAAAGAUCCAGGUCAGCUGCAAAGGGCACUCAUCGGUGGAGGAUGCUCGGACGGCCAUGGAGCUGUACAGACUGGUAGAGGUGCAGUGGGAGACAGAGCUGGCCCGCAGCCUGCCCCCUCGGCCCCCCAGCCCCAUCGAAGAUCCCACUGCUGACAGCAUCCAGUACAUGGAUGACCAGUACUGGCCCACAGACCUGAUGACAAGCAGUCUGUGAUGGGGGACAGCAUCUUCUCCAUGUGUUUCAGGCCAUCCUGUAGCCCUCAGGUAUUAAAGGUGGAGGUGGCUGCUGACCUUCAUCCGCAGGGCUUGUGCCCCAUAGGCUCUGCCUGGCACCCAACCCUACUGUAGGCAACAGCACAGGGGAGUUGGACACCCCCAGCCCUGUUCAGGGACAGAGAAGUGGCGACACUUGGGCACCAGCAGUCUCCUGAAAACGCUGUAUGCAGCCUCUUGCUGUCACACAGCUAUCGGUGCUGGGGCUGCCCUCUGUCACUUAGUGCUCAGGGGCGAGCAGGGUCCUGGUGUCAGCCUUGGGGAGCCUCUGUGGGUGUGCGAUGGCUGCAGCAGUGGGUGGGGGCUGCCAGGGUACCCCCCCUGCCCUCUGGGGAGGGGUUACCCCCAUGGUGGGCAAGUGGCAAGUCCUCCUGUGGGAGGACUGUGGCGUCCUCCUGAUGCCCAAAGGCUGCAAACUGUCCAGGGCCAGUCUCCUCCUCACUUCAUUUGCACAGUGAAGCCUGAAAAGAAAGUCUGGGUCUAACCAGUGUCUAGCCAGCCUGGACAAGAGAUAGGAUGCAUUUAAUUUAAAAUACACUAUUCACACAAUUGUCCAAUUCUGAAUUAAAAAUUGUUCUUGCUA